AUGAAGACGACUCCAGACAGUGCUUCACAGAGUAAGGGAAGUGCACGGGGGGCCAGCGUGAUCUCGAAAGAGGCCGUUGAAGUUCCUGGUUAUGACCAUCAACUGGAGAUUCAGCCGGGGGAGAGCCGGCGAGCUGUACUCAAGCUCGACUUUCUGAUCAUGCCCGUCAUCGUGUUAUGUUUCUGCUUUCUCCAAUUCGACCGCACAAAUAUUGGCAAUGCCUUAACCGACACGCUUCGCAAAGACAUCAAUGUGGACAACUCGGACAUCAACCUCGCGCAAACUCUCUUCACAGUUGGAUUCAUCGUCACUGAGUUGCCCUUCAAUCUUAUCAGCAGAUAUGUCGGGCCAGAGAGAUUCCUUCCGGUUACCAUGUUUCUCUGGGGAGUGGCGACCUGGAGUCAGGCUUUUCUACAGAAUGCUACCGGGCUCUGCAUUGCCAGAUUCUUCAUAGGUGCUCUGGAAGGUGGUUAUAUUCCCGGCUUUGCCCUUUACAUUGCCAAGUUCUACACAAACGAGGAACUUGCGUUGCGAUAUGCGAUCUUCUGGGCCUCAAAUAGCGUUGCGGGCGCGCUGGGUGGGCCAUUGUCAUUGGGACUCGUCUCUCUAAGCGGUCGAGAUGGGCUACAAGGCUGGCAGUGGCUGUUCAUUAUCGAGGGCGUCUUGACUUGUGUCCUUGGGGUUGCUGCCUAUCUCUACCUUCCUCACGGCGCUGCUGAGCCCAAGACCUUCUUCGGCAAGUCGUUCAAUCUUUUCAGUGACCGCGAAGCGGCCAUCAUCGUCACCAGAGUCAUCAGAAACGACCCCAGCAAAGCCCACAGAUACCGCAAGCCGGUGUUACCCUCCCACAUCAUCGAUACCUUCGCCGACUGCAGGUUGUAUGGCCAUCUUGUUGCGGCCCUUCUAUCCAUGGUCAUGAUUGCGCCGAUGAACACGUACGCGCCGUCCAUCAUCAAGUCCCUCGGCUUCACUGCCUUGCAAGCAAAUGGUCUCAACUCUGUGGGCAGUGUAUGCGCAUUGAUCCUCUCUGUGUCCCUAGCAUUCAGCAGUGACAAAUUCCACGAGCGCGGUAUACAUAUCGCCGUGGGGUAUGCGUGGGGAGCUGCGGGACUCCUGUGGCUGGCUUUGGCGCCCAGGGGCGUUGGAAAAUGGGGUCUCUACGGCGGUGUCGUAUGGACGCAGAUGGGUAUGGGCAGUGCACAGGCAAUUAGCGCAGCGUGGCUCGCGACCAAGAUGCAGGACUACAAGCGUCCGAUAGCACUGGCCGCGUAUGUGAUGAGUAUCCAGCUAGCAAACUUUCCUGGUAACCAAUUGUUCCGACAGCAAGAUGCUCCCAGAUACAAGCGUGGCUUGGUAAUCGCCGCAGUUUGUGCCCUUGCCGCUUCAGCGGUCAUUCUUGUUUGGAAAGUGCUGUAUCGGAUAUUCGACAACGGCGAUGCGGGUGUGGAAGGUCAAUCUGAGUUUGAAACGCGGCAAGAGAUCGCCGACAUAAAAGUUUAA